UUCCGCGGAGAAAAACCAGUUCCUGUGUACAGUUAUACACGUUAUAAACUAUCUGAAGUGAGACAUUCACGUUACAAAUAAACAGAAAAAGAAUAAGAUGAAUAAAUAACAGCUUAGGGCAAUGUUCAUGAUGUUCUUAAACGAAUAUCAAAUUUGAAAUGAAUAGCUCAAUUUUCAUUCCACCAUUUGAACCAAAGCGUUAGAAAUAAUUACCAGACCAAGAUCUUAUCUCUGACAAUGCGUCCAAAUUAGUGCGGUGCAAACAAUAUAAGAUGAAAAUUUGUUACUUUUAUAGAAGAAACAUGAUCUGAAUGUUCGAUUAGAUAAAAAUAGCAAGCAUAAAUAACAUGAUAAAACUAUAAAAACCAAGUGCACGUUUAUGAAAGUUUUAUCAAGUUCACGUUUUAUAAAACUAUUCUUUGGCUUAUUCGUGAAUCGAUCGAUGCUGAUUAUACUUUUAUAGACACUCUGUUAUCAACUAAAAACAAAAACCGGCGUGGCAACUACGCCACUAUAGACAGAAAACAAUAACAACUGCAUACUCUACAACCACCGACAAAGAGGGGUGUGAGUUCCCUUAUCGGUGCCGGUUUCUCAGAAAGCUUACGGCGUCGCUUUUCUAUCAGUUAUGCACCCAUCAUCACAAUCGAGAGGAUCAUUUCGAAUUAAAACAAUGAUCGCGCCAGUUGUACUGGCAAUCAUCUCCGCGAUCCCACUUCUACUAGCUCAUUCCAAUAACGCUCUGUACCAGUGUGGAAUUCGCAAACGUUUCGGUGUUCAGCUGGUCCACCACGGAUGGAUAGCAGAGUUGGGACAAUGGCCUUGGCAUGUGGGCCUUUUCCAUCGCAAUUCCGCUGGCAGCGGGUACCGAUGUGGUGGGACUUUGGUGGACGAACGUCACGUGCUAACCUCGGCACACUGUGUCGUUCGAUCCAACGGGUAUCCGAUGAAACCGGUUGAACUGUCGGUGCAUAUUGGGCUGCAUGAUCUACGGGAACUACCGGAGCAUGUCCAAGUGAUGAAUGUCAGUGUGGUGCACGUGCAUCCUGAGUUCGAACUCAAUCGGAAUGAUAUUGCUUUGCUGGUACUGAGUUCGGAGGUGAAAUAUUCCGAUUACGUGAUUCCGAUAUGUUUGGAUGCAGGGGCUGGUGAUGACGUGAGAACGCUGGAAGGGAAUCGAGGUUGGGUCACCGGAUGGGGACAGUUGGAAAAUGGAACACUUCCUCGUUUGCUGCGUACGGCACAGAUGCCGGUGGUGAGUCAUCUGCAGUGUGUCGAGGCUGAUCCGGUGUUGUUUGGGCGAUUCUUGAACCAAGGGGUGUUUUGUGCCGGUGAUCGGAAUGGUACAAGUGUCUGCAAAGGGGACAGUGGAGGUGGAAUGUACUUCAGCGAAGGGGAUCGAUUCGUGCUGAAGGGGAUCGUUUCCUUUUCCGGAAUGGACGAAAAUAGUAGAUGCGACACUUCGAAGUUUAUUGUAUUCGCCAAUGUUGGUUACUAUCUUCCGUGGAUUAAAAACUUGACCCGAACGGAUGGUGAAAUUGUGAAACCAGUUGAGAAACGUAUCAGUGAAAGUGAAUGCGACAGGUACAAGAGCAUUGCGAAAAAGCGAGGUAAUGGGAUUUGUUACAACUCAAGAAGUCCUCAUUCGGUAACUAUCAUUUACGAAGGAUCAUUGACUGCUUGUUCCGGGAUCCUCGUAAGUGAAGAUUAUGUUCUGUUUCCGUGUCAUUGCCGUAGCGCUAGUUUCAAACCGGAGAAAGUUCGUAUAGGAUUCGCAGAAUACUUGAUCCAGAACGUAACUUGCCAUCCUAAGUAUAAAAACAGAAUGGCUUAUAAUGAUCUUGCACUGAUCAAACUGGCCGAUACAAUUCGAUUUUCCCCCGCAAUUCUUCCGGCUUGUUUGGCCAAUAAUUGGACGGAGAAUCUGUACGAAACGUUACUAGUAACGGGACACGUCGGUGCUUAUGACAGACAAGAACCGAUCGAAAGCAUAGAGAACCGAGUGGUCGCCAAAGGGAACUGCAACCAAAUGGAACGUUUCUGGAAAGUCAGCGAUGGAGUAUCGGAUGGGGAAAUAUGUGUGCUCAAUACCGAUCCGGAACGAACGGAGAGUGUGCGGCUUCCUGGAGCAGCCCUGCAAACGAUGAGUACCCGCACCUGCAUGUUUAACCUGUUGGGUGUGCAAAUAGCUACUUCUACGGAAAUCUUAACCAGAACGGAGCCACUGGAUUUGUACGCUCGGGUGUCACAUCAUUUGGAUUGGUUGGAAAAGGUUAUCUGGGGAGAGAAAACACCGGAUGCGGGGGAGAAGGAUUUGACCGAAAUUCCUGCGGUCACUAUGGCUCCAUUAGAGGAUCCAGUAAGCACGACGGUUGGAAGCAUCUCAACAUUCACUACUGAGUCCAAGGCAUCAACUGAACGAUUGUUCACGAAUCGAGAAUUCGUCUUUCCAGACCAUCCUUUUCUGAACCUUAACACAACGUAGAGUUAGUUAAGUUGAUCGUGCGAGUAUUCUUUUGCAGUUUGUGUUGAAUACUAGUUAUGGUGGUACUGAUAAAUAAGGUGUAACAGACUUGGUAAAAGCUCUGUAUUUACUUUCCAUUUCCUGUCGGUGGCCUUAUUCGAUAUUUUAAGGAAUGUCCCCGGCUGUGAAGGAGACAUUUCUUUCGUUUCGAUAUAGGAGCCCCGCUUCAAAUUUUUCGACCUGAUAUCACCCGAUUUUUUUUUAACGGGAACAACAUCCAUUGUACUGAAUGAGAUAACUAAAUUUUGGCACUACCUCAAUGGGAAUAUGUGCAAUAAUUUUGUUACUAAUUCCGUAGAAUUGCUAUAAAUAACUAUUUAUAUAUUUUUUUUACAUAUAUCUACAAACCGCGCGGCGAGCGAAAAUAUUAUUGCUUUGUUGUACCCGUCCAUAGCUGGCAUGUAGGAUUUUUUCAACAUUCGUGCACACGUUCUUGUCGCUACCAAAAGUCAAAUACGCUGCUUCCAUGUCAGCACUUGGUUCGUGGUAUUGCGCAGGAUUUCAAAGCGGAUUUAGCUCUUGGCAAUGGUCCUCCAAGAAGCUAGCGAGGCCUAUCUGUUUGGUUUGUUCAAAGACACUAAUUAAUGCACCAUUCACGACAAAUGACUGACCAUCACGCAGAAAGACAUUGACUGGCUCACCGGAUCCGCAAUAAACGUGCCGAAAACAAAUGGCCGCCAGGGUCGGCGAUUAACUUUCAGCCCCAGUGGGUAGUAAGAUAAGCAUAGGGUGGCAUUUUAAUAUUUUUUUCCGUAGUCGUUUUAUUCGAUAUCAUAGCAAAUUCCAAAUGCACGUACCUUCCGCCUAACACUGCUCAUAAGGUCUUGUUGAAGGUUUGGGCCGGCUUGUAUUAAGUGGAGAUCGAUUUUUUCCUUUUGAUUUCACAACCUUGUGAUGCUUCUGGAUGACCUGCACUGUGAUGGCCCAUUAUUUUUUAAUUGGCAGUAAUUCCGGUGUGUUUGAGGGAUUAAGAUCAUUUGGCAUGAAGUUAGUCUUCUUUGCCUUGCACCACUCCAGAAUAUCUUUCGAGUAAUGACACGAGAUUAUAUUCGGCCGAGAAAGCGUAGAACUAUCGUGAGAUCUCAGAAGUGGAAGUAGACUCGUUUGAAGGCAUUUUUUCAAGUACAUCUACACAUUGAUCCUUCCGGUUAUCAAGAACGGGGCUCAAAAUAAUCAACAAAUAAAAACCAAUCAGUGCUUUCUCUACGUCAGAUGGCAUUAAUUUUGGGUUGACUACCAAGAAUUGCCAUAGAUUAACUUCGCAACUUUUUCAAAACAAUUUAAAUCUAAAACUACUUUAACAUAACUCAAUUUCCUCGCUCAUUAAAAUCUGCAACUAACACCCGCCUUUCAGUAUGCGCAGCUCCAGUUCAGUCCGCCCGUGGUUUAGAUAUACCUACAGAAGUACGUUGUCAGAUACCUUAGUGAUAAACAACGCAUCACGUAUAUCCGAAAUGUGAAACGUGUGAGCCUAUAGGUGUAUUACCCUAUGUGCCUACAAACCGCCGAGAACAUUUUGGAAUGCAACUUCCAAAUAAGUUAUUUUAUCCCAACGCAAAUUUACAAGUCGCACGUUGCAGUGUUCAAGUCAAUCCAUAGCCCAAGUGGUACCAGCAUCCGAAAAAUUCGUACACAGUUUAACCGUAUGCGGGCUAAUGCCACCGCUCAUUGUACCGUCCGGACAUUAUAGUCACGAUGUUGCCCGCUUGGCAUGCGCACAACUAAUGAUUGAAACGGACACGCGGUAUCUCUAUUUAUAACCUCACCGCGUUUGAUUGAGUCACUAAGGUGCUUCCGAUUGACGGCUCUGCCCGGAAUAUACUGUCUCAUGAAAAAUCUCUGCUCACGUCAGCCGUUGGUCACGUCACAUUCCUUGCUGUUGAAGGUCGUUUUGUUGGGUACAGAUGGUGAAGUUAUCUCUAGAGUGUCGGUGAUAUGCACUCAGUGCGAGUGAAUACUGGACAACUAACCACAGAGAAACUAUCGUGUUUAAUUUACGUUGUACAAAAUAUAUUUAAACGGUUCGCUCACAAAACAGGGAAUUUGAAAAGAAACAUGCCCCCACAAUCAAUAAUCAAAGCAAAGCCUUGAUACUACAUUGCGUUGCGGCACUGGAGCUACUGUUUCAACUGACUUUGCAGCCGAUUCUCAGUGUACUUAAACACACGUGCACUGAAGUAGGGCUUUUGAAACAAAACUCAAUAUUAUUCAGAAGUCACAUUCAACAGUAGAAGGUCUAACCGGUUUCUUAUGCAAUCCAACUCAUUGGCGUCGAACGCGCCCUCCGAUUCCUUCAUUUCUGUUGUAAUUCUCUUGGCUCGUUUAAAAAUGAGUUUUUUUUCAUAGGUAAGAUCCCCCAUACGCUCAAAUGGAUGUUGAAAUAAAAUCGAUUCCUCGGCUUGAAAUUAUAUCUAUGGUCCUCAUUCAUGCCCCUUGUGGGUUUCUUCCGUGUCGAAUAAAAAAAGCGCUCACACAACGAAAUUCGACUGUGACCGAAAUAUCAAAGAUUCACCUUAAUAAAUCCUUCUUGGUAAUCAGUGUAAAACAAAUAGAUUACAUUACUAGCGACGAUCCUUUUUCGAAGGCAUAUCGCCUGUAAGUACCUACAGUUGAAGUUGAGAUCGAUGGCGUGGUCAGCGAGAAGAGUUUGGUUUGCGCGAUUCUGCUGAAGCAUGGGGGUGGCUCGUUUAAGAACCCUAUAAUUUAGCCAGUGUAGAAUGUAAACGAUUAUAUUCAACAACAUUCACAGCAAACGGAAGUGGUGAUGCUCUGUAUGCGGAGAAAUUUGGAGUUAGAAACGUAGAAUAUCAUGGUAAAAUAUGUUAAUCACAUUAAACUUUUGAACAUCCUAAAUCGAUCGUGUUUCACAAGAAUAAUUCCAUAUUUUAAAAUAGCGUGGGAUCUAAAAGACCCCGUAGCCUCUGGCCCUAGCCUAGUGUAUCCAUUCAUAAAGCUGAUACCUCCUUGGGAGGAGAAAUCCUCUCCAAUAGCGACUAAGGAAGCAGCAGUGGACGAUAUGAUGCACUUGAACCAAUUUCACCCAAAAUUUCAACAGAAAAUACAGUGAUAGCAAUUUGGGUGCGAGAUACGUGCGUGACAGUUUUCAAAUUAUAAGUCUCCUCGAAGUUUUGAGUGAGUAAUUACUCACACGGAUCAAUACAACCCUCGUCAUCCGCCGGCCCUGAUGGCCCUCUUCAGGAACCAUGUAAGAGUUAGAACUAAAAUUUUAUGCUACUCGUACUCAGGGAUGCCAUUGUGGCAGAUUUAUCACAGCUAGAGUUUUAUGCAACUUCCAGAUAAAAAGGCAAACCGCUCAUUCUGCCAGAUUUUUAAAUUAUAGAAGCUGUUCCACACAAAUUUUAGAAAUUGGGGUCAUAUUCUCCUAAAUUUUAAAAAUAUCUAUUGAUGCACGUUCUAUGAAGACCAAAAACAUUUUUACUUGAAAUGGAAGAUUUUCUUUGAAAAAUAGUGGCAACCCUGCUCGUACUCGCUUCGUGAUGUGACGGCUAUCACGUAACACGAAAUUUCACCAAACUUUGUUUUCUGGUAGGAAUACUGGUUCUCUACAGUGUGAUUUUUCCAUUCGCAAACUUGCACCUUGUGUCAAUGCGAAAUGGGUUAUUCGUUUCCGAACCUUCGAUCGGAGCUGUGUCACCGCAAAUGAUAAGUAUCCGAUACAAGUGAUAUUAUUUCAUAGUCACUUCUCGUCGAAGAAGAUUACAGGAUUUAUAUUCCGGCUCGGGACGUAGGAAUAAAGGGGGCAGUAUCCGAGACAGGUCUCGCUCAUCAUGAUCUACUGAGGGAUGGGAGUACUGGACUAUUAAAAAUAUCUGACUCCGCGAACCAGAUUAUCGCUGCUUCCAAUGUUACUAAUCCCCUUAAACUUCUACCUUCUGCUAACUGUUCACCCUAUAGUGAGAACAUUUUAGAAGCAGUUGACUGCUAAAUGGCCCCUCCUCGCUGCGAUCGUAUCCUUCGAUGGCUGAUUCGUCGAACGAAGUCGAAGGGAUUUGAUCACUGUUUUACAGUCAGUGGAACUGCAAAAGAAUCAUCCCUAAAAUCAGUUCUUUAAAAAAAAAUUAUAUUUUGUAAUGUGACCCAUUUACAUUGUAUGAAACAUGGUUUAGUGCAACAAUAGACCGCAACUUCUUCGAUUUUUAUAUCACUCGGUUGGGUUGAGAAGAUUUCUAUGGAGUAGUACUUUUGAGGAUCAAAAAGUGCUAUUCUUGCAAUUAAAUAACCUCACCUCGACACAAGGCAUUGAAGUCAUCUCUUGUCUAGUUAAAAUCAAUGGCAAAUAGCUUUAUAUUGCUUCUAUCUAUAUUGCUCCAAGAGUCUCGGUAGGGCACCGAACGCUUCGUAAUAUCACGGAAUACCUGCUGACAUCGCAAGUAGUUCUACGAGACUUCAAGUCCCACGGUACGGUGAGGGGAUGUCUUCACGAUGAAUACAGUUCAACAUCAAUCCAAGAUCUUUGCGAAAAUUUCAACGUAACCAUCUUAAUCAGGGGAGAAAUCACACGGACAUCGCUACAGUUCGAUUGCACGUGGAAGGUAAUCUCUGAUACCCACGAUAGCAAUCACCAGCCAAUCAUAAUUUGAAGACCAUCGGAAUUAAUCAAUGCCUCGUAUGGCCUCACACGAAACAUCGAUUGGAAGAACUACGCGACAGUGACAUCCGACAAAAACAAAACAAGAGCUACCUCCGCAACUAUUGGCGGCAGUUCGUUGACGGGUUAACAAAAGAAACAUCAAUGAGGAGUACCGCACAGUGAGGCAGGAACCUCUACCGCUCUAGGUAUGUAUACUGGAGGAUGAAUGUCUUCAUUUUUUCGAGAUAUUUUUUUAAAUGUCAUUUGUUAUAAAAUAAAAGUAUCUUUGGUGUAUGCAUCAAAAACGUCAAUACUAUAUUUAAAUUGUAUUGACUGAAGAAAGAUUUUUGAUGGGACGCUUCUGUCACAAGAUACAACUGAUCUGGAUCAGCUUCUACUAAUCUAGAUCAAAACCAAAAUACUUCGCUGAAGACAAUAAUUUUCCAGUACACUGCCCCACUGUGUACCGCCCGACGAGUGCAAAACCGAUCUACCGCACCGCGGUUUAAAAAUCUGCUAGAAUCCGCCAACAAACGCUUGUUGAAUUUAUUAACUUUCCUGAAAAUAACAUUGUCCCACACGAUUGGAGACAAGUCAGCAUCAUCGCCAUCCAAAAACCAGAAAAACCAGCCUCCGACCAUAACUCUUAUCAACCGAUUGCAAUGCUGUCCUGUACACGGAAGAUAGCAUAGCAUAGCAAAAACGCCCGCACUCAUCAUGGGUGGCUGAUACGGGCAGAUCUUUUUCUAAAAUAGUAUAGUUCGCUGCACGC